AUGUCGGAGCGCCGCACAUCCCAGACUCAAGUUACCCAGCGUCCCUCGCCGCCGCGCGAACGCCAGUCGUCGCCAUUCCGCAGUGGCUCGCCAUCCCGCCCUUGCCAGACCCAGCCCCAGCCCCAAUCAUCGACACACUCACGCACCUCCUCCCAAACCCCCCGCCCAGACCCGACACAAGACGUCCUGACGGCCGGCGAUGGCCUCGCGUCCUCACUCGGCGUUUCGCCACCCAAGACGACCUCCCACCUCGCGGCCGCAGCCACACAAGCCCGCCGCCGCUCUUCCCCAACUUACGACCUCUCCGGCACAUCUGCGCAAGGGAAACAGGGGCCUGCGGAAGGGUUGACGGGCUUUGACUCCACAGCAGGGUACCAGGACUCGGGGAGUGGUGGGGCGUUCACGGCAAGCGGGGCGAUGGAGGUUGUGCCGAUGAACGCGCCGGCACUUAUGUACGACGGCGGGAGGAAGUAG